UGGACGUCCGAGCGAUGGCCAGUGGUGGACCAGGUUUUGCGCUGACCUGGGUUCGUGCGUCCCCGAGGCCAGUGGAUGCCGACGGGAGAAACACAUGAGCGACGCAAAGAAACGGAGUCGUCUGCGCCGGCAUUGGCGCGUAAGCUGCCCGCGUAAGGUCGCGCGUAAGUGCCCUGGUCUCCAGAGUAGCGUGCCGCGCUGGCGGCCCGCGUGAGCCACCGCGAAAGGUCGCUGUGCCAUCCCGCGUCAGACCCGUUUGGGUAUCGUCGCUCACAUGAUUGAGGAGGGCGAGUUGAGCCAACGGCAGGUGCCCUUCCGGGAGGCCCUGGUCGCCGUGGCGGGACGCAGCUGGGAAGAUCGGUGCGUCUGGAACCCGGGAGUGGUCCGUGGACAGAGUUGUCUUGACGCUGCUCCGAAACGAGGUGCCAACGGUAUGGGUCAAGGGUUUCUGGAGCCGGCCAUGUGCAGCCCAUCCCACUGCAUUCCGCUCCUGGAGCCGGCCAUGUGCAGCCCAUCCCACUGCAUUCCGCUCCUGCUCCCACUCUUGCCUCCUCCGUGGUGCUCGAAUGCUCGCUCAUCGUGGCCGCGAGUUCCAGGCUCUGUCGGAUGCCGUUUCCAGGCUCUUUGGGUGGCUGUUUUUGUUCGCUCUGACCCUCAACGAAGCUGAUGGCGCGCAUUGCCAUUGUGGUCGCGGCGGCGCUUGUGAGCCCAGCACUUGCCAGUGUGUCUGUCCGCAGCAACUCGUCAGUUGACGUGAACCAGAAGGUCUUGAUCGACGGCGUGGAAGUGUAUUCGCAGGGCUCUGGCUUUGGUGCUUUGAACACUUGCUCGCAGUUUCGCCGGGAUGCCGUCAACGACCCAGCCAGGCCGAACAUCCAGGUGUGUGGGACCUCGACCAAGGUCACCGUGUUCUUGCGUAAUCGUUGCAAGGGUUACUACGAGUAUUCCCUCGACGUCGGAACGUGCAACACCGGGGCCUCGUCUACCUCCUGUGUGACAGCCAGCCCCGCAACGACCAGAUGGCUUAUGACGGCGCAGAGCUACCAGAUCACCCAGUGCUGAGCAGGGCACGGCCGAGCCGGGUAGGACAAGACGGUCGGAAGUGUACGGGUGCCGCGCAGACACGAAUGGGAAAUAGGAACUGACAGGCUAGCUAGAAUGAUGGUAGGUAGAGAAGGGUGCGUUCGCACCGCGUCUGACACCCCACCAUGUUGCUGCCAUGCAUCUGCCUGCGGCAAACCCCGCCACGGUGCCAGGCCAGUAUCGAAACGCAUUGAACUCGGCAGAGCCAUCUGUGGGCAGCCAGCACGUUUUGGCGGGCCCGGCUGUAGCGCUGCACGGGCAAGCUGUCGCGUCCGCGCUUUGGAGCAGACAACUGUACGGAGAUGAACUGUCGGAGGCCCGCGUUGAUGUUUCGGGUCGGCGUCCGAAUCCCAUCCUUCGCAGCGGCGCGAUUCCGCCGCCUGCCCCCCUCAGAGCGCGCGGCGCGCCAGGCAAGGAUGGGGGGUCCGCGCAGGUCCAGGGAGUCCGCGCGGACCUCCCAAAGUGAAUGUGUGACUAUCGAA